CUCGGAACGGGCCGAUUCGGGUACAUAAAGCUCGCCGAACACAAGCAAUCGAAGCAAAAAAUUGCCAUAAAGCAGGUCGAUUUUGCACGAGAGUAUAAUUACUCUUUUUUCCUAUCUCCUCAUCCACAAAUAAUUGACACUUAUGAAGGAAUGCACCAGGUCGAUUUUGUACGAGAGUAUAAUUACUCUUUUUUCCUAUCUCCUCAUCCACAAAUAAUUGACACUUAUGAAGGAAUGUACCAGACAGGCGACGACUCAGCCUAUUUCUUUGUGCAAGAAUUCUGUCCGAGGGCCUCAGUGAGGGAAGCGGUGGAAGCCACCAAUCAACAGGGUUCGUUGUUUUUGACGUAUAAAUUAUGCGCGAUGAUGAUAAGGUUGAGCGUUCAUCAUUCAGUAACAUCCGCUUUUCCAAUGAGAUUUGGAAAACAUCACAGAGGCCUGACAGCGCAGUUGGCAUUUUUUCAAGAGAAACAGAACCUGUUCAUGUCAUUACCUUCUCUCGGGCGUUUCCGGGAGAAGAAUAAAGCAAUAGCCAUCUAUAGCCACAGCUAUACUGACAAAUGUAAUCAUGCUUCAGAGCAGACGACAAUAAGAAAGUUUUUGUUCGAGCAAAUGAAAGGACAUCACGUCAUAGUGCUGAAGCUCCGUCGCAGUGAAGGGAACAGGUAA